AUGUCUCAGGAUGAAAUUAAACGAAAAAGAGCUGCAUCAUUGAGAACUCAAAUGUUCAAUAAGCAUCUUUAUAAUAAAUUUACUAAUAGCACUAAUAAUAUUCAAGAAGAAAACAAUCAAGGAUAUGAACUUAAUGAUAUAGAAGAAAAUGUAACAGUACCUCCAAACGCUAACCUUGAAGUAGAUGCAUUAUUUGAAGAUGAGGAAGAUGAGGAACACGAUCCCGAAGAUAAUAACAUAUCCCCACGUUUAAUGGCCCAGUUUUGGGAUAUAAUCUUAAAUAGAACUCGUGAAAUGCAUACGAAAGAUGGUAGACAUAUCCCUAUAUGCUUAGAUCAUCUUUCACCACAAUUCGUCCAAUAUUGUUCAAAAAAAUAUGGAGGUCUUCUGAUAGACGAAUGUACUGAUAGACCUUACAUCAAUAAUUCAAUUACGUCAUCAAGAUAUACAAUAUAUUCUUUUCUCCCGAGACAGCUGUAUGCCCAGUUCUCAAAACUAGCUAACUCGUAUUUUUUGUUAGUAUCAAUCCUUCAGAUGAUUCCAGGUUGGUCAACCACUGGUACAUAUACUACAAUUAUUCCUUUAUUAGCAUUUAUGGCUAUCUCAAUGGCAAGAGAAGCCUGGGACGAUUUUUGCCGACAUGUAUUAGAUAAAGAAGAAAAUAAAAAAAUGUGUAACUUGAUAAGGAAGGAUACUACUUGCAAGAAUGAUGAAUAUUUAUCUUCUAUGACUGAUCCGUCAACAAAGAGUAUGAAUAGAGAUGAUAGUAAUAGUAGUUCAGGGGAUAGUAUUGGCUCUCUCAACACAUAUUUUACGAAUUUUGAAUUAUUAAGGAAUAGACAUGGUGUUGACAUAAAACCCGAAAAAUGGAACAAUCUUAAAGUAGGUGAUUUUAUUUUACUUAAACAAGAUGACUGGGUUCCUGCAGAUGUGCUUCUUCUAACAACAGAUGGCCAAAAUGGGGAAUGUUACAUUGAAACAAUGGCCCUCGAUGGGGAAACAAACCUAAAAAAUAAACAUCCACAUCCAGAACUGCAUAAGUUAACAAGUAGUACCUCAGGACUGGCACAUAUUAAUGCACAAGUCACAGUAGAAGAUCCUAAUGAUGAUUUAUACAAUUUUGAAGGUAAUUUAGAACUGCUUGAUAGUAAAAAUAACACUGUAAAGAAAUAUCCAGUUGGUUCGGACAAUGUCAUAUAUCGUGGUAGUAUAAUACGUAAUACUAAGAAUAUCAUUGGGAUGGUAAUCUUCACCGGUGAAGAAACAAAAAUAAGAAAGAAUUCAUUACGUAAUCCUAGAAUUAAAUCUCCGAAGUUACAAAAAGAUAUUAAUUUAAUUAUUGCAUUUAUGGUAAUCAUCGUGAUAUUUAUAUCGUUGUUUUCCUAUCUGGGUCAUAGAUUAGCCAAUAAAAAAUCCACUGACAAGAAUCAGGCGUGGUACUUGUAUCAACAAGAUGCUGGUGUUGCACCAACAAUUAUGUCAUUUAUCAUUAUGUACAAUACAAUGAUUCCUUUGUCACUUUAUGUUACCAUGGAAAUUAUUAAAGUGAUGCAAAGUAAACUAAUGGCUUGGGAUAUUGACAUGUAUUUUGCUGACACUAACACGCCUUGUGAACCAAGAACAGCUACUAUUUUGGAGGAACUGGGACAAGUUUCUUACAUAUUUAGCGAUAAGACAGGUACAUUAACUGACAAUAAAAUGUUAUUCAAAAAAUUCUCUAUUUGUGGUUCUUCUUGGGAACACAGCAUAGCUGAAGAAUCUCAAGAAUCUCCAAUGGAAGAUGUUCGCAAAGUUCCGUCACAUCAAGGUACUGAGAUUGAUGUUAUUUCGUAUGAUGAGUCUAAGAUUUUAGACGAUUUAUCAUUAGAUAAGAAGACAAUAGAGUAUAUUCAUAAUCCAACACUGGGAUAUUUUAAUUCCAUCGAUCAGCCAAGAACUUCUGUUGAUUAUAAGGGGAAUUCAUCCAUAAGAUACGCUGGUCGACCAUCUAUGAGUUCUUUGUAUGUAGGUAAAAGAAACAAUCAGGUUAAAAAGGAAGAAAAUGCUCUUAAAGAAGGUACUAAUUUAGAGUCUGUCGAUGAAAUUAAGAGUUCUUUCGAUUUGCUACGUUUUGUUCAACUACACCCUAACUCUCUGUUUUCUAAAAAGGCCAGAUUCUUUAUUUUAUCUUUAGCAUUAUGCCAUACAUGUCUGCCAAAACCGAUUGAUGAACGCACGCACACCAAUCAUAGUAAUGAUACCAUUGACUAUGAGGCUGCGUCCCCUGAUGAACUAGCCUUGGUGAAAGCUGCAAGAGAUCUAGGUUUUGUUGUUUUUAAUAGGAACGCAGACGUACUGACAAUAAAAACAUAUCCAAAUGGUUUCUCUGAGGAACCUGUCCUGGAAGAUUAUGAGAUUUUGAAUUACAUUGAAUUCAACUCAAAAAGGAAGAGAAUGUCUGUAGCUGUCCGUACACCUGAUCAGCCCGAUAAAGUUUUAUUAAUCUCUAAAGGUGCAGAUAAUGUGAUAUUGGAGCGAUUGCAUAAUAGUGAAUUGGUUCAACGUAAGAUGGAGGAAAUGAAUAAUGCUACUGGAGAGCGUAAAGAAAAUGAAGCCGAAUUAGUUCUUCAACAACGUAAAUCAUUAGAAUAUACUGUAUAUGAAGAUGAGGCACCACGACAAUCAUUGAGAUUAAAAAAUAAUAUAUCUGCUGGUAGAGAUAGUUUGUCAUUGCAAGCUAUGCGGAAGAGUUUAUCAAGGAAUGCAGUCAAUCAAGUGACAGACCCUGAAAUGCCAAUGGGAUCCAUUGACCAGUUCUUAAGUAAAGUUAAUAGGACCAACCAAGAAUUAGGUAAUAUUGUUACGCAGAGUCGAAAAUCGAUGCAUAAGCAGCAACUCGAAAAAUAUGGUCCAAGAAUAACAAUAGACCCUGGUAAACAUGAUCCUCACAGGUUGCCGUCUGAAAUUAAUUAUGUUCAGGAAGCAGAACAUUCGGAUAAAUAUAAACGUAGUAACAUACUUGAGUAUAUCGGAAGCAACGAUUUAAUACUGAAUGACGAAUAUGUUUUGGAAAGAUCGAUGCAGGCUAUCGAUGAAUUUUCAACCGAGGGUUUGCGGACUUUAUUAUAUUCAUAUAAAUGGAUUGACAACGCUACCUACGAAAUAUGGAGUGAUGAGUAUCAAAACGCAAAAACUACGUUAGUUGAUAGAAAAACAAUUAUCGAUGAAGUUGGGAGCCGUAUUGAGAAUAACAUGACAUUACUCGGAGUUACAGCAAUUGAAGAUAAAUUGCAGGCUGGGGUAGCAGAGUCAAUCGAAAAAAUUAGACGUGCUGGCAUCAAAAUGUGGAUGUUAACUGGUGAUAAACGUGAAACAGCAAUCAAUAUAGGUUAUUCUUGUAAAUUAAUACACGAUUAUUCUACAGUAGUUAUUUUGACAACUAGUGAUGAAAAUAUUAUUUCCAAAAUGAAUGUAAUAUCACAGGAGGCCGAUUCAGGGAAUAUGGCACAUUGCGUUUUGGUAAUUGAUGGUGGAACGUUGGCAAUGUUUGAACAGAACCCGACAUAUAUGGCUGUGUUUAUUGAGUUGUGUACAAAGGUUGAUUCAGUUAUUUGUUGUCGUGCAUCACCAUCUCAGAAGGCUUUAAUGGUUAGUAAUAUUCGAAAUACUGACAAAUCUGCUGUGACGUUGGCAAUUGGUGACGGUGCAAAUGACAUUGCAAUGAUCCAAAGUGCUGAUAUUGGUAUUGGUAUUGCUGGUAAGGAAGGUUUGCAGGCAUCUAGAUCUUCUGAUUAUUCUAUCGCUCAGUUUAGAUUUUUAGUGAAAUUACUCUUUGUCCAUGGACGUUAUAACUACAUUCGAACGGGAAAGUUUAUUUUGUGUACAUUCUACAAAGAACUUACAUUUUACCUAACCCAAUUAAUAUUCCAAAGAUAUACCCUCUUUUCUGGCUCAUCUUUAUAUGAGCCAUGGUCCUUAUCAAUGUUUAACACAUUAUUUACAUCUUUACCUGUCCUGUGUAUUGGUAUGUUUGAAAAGGACCUAAAGCCUGCAACAUUAUUGACAAUUCCAGAGUUAUAUUCAUAUGGAAGGCUGUCUCAAGGAUUUAACAUGAAGAUUUUUAUGGAAUGGAUUAUAGAAGGUACGCUAAUAUCUGUUAUAAUCACCUUUCUUAACAUAAUUACAUGGGGAUUUACAUCAUUAACAGAUAAUAGUAUGUACCCACUAGGUGUGGUUAAUUUUACGGCCAUUGUUGCCAUGAUAAAUAUGAAGGCACAAUUUAUUGAGAUGAGAAAUAGAAAUUGGGUAGCCUUUGUAUCAGUUACAUUGUCAUGUGGCGGAUGGUUACUCUGGGUGAUUGCACUUCCAGUUAUCAAUAAAUCAGAUGGUAUAUAUGAUGUUCCUUACGGUUUUAUUCAUCAUUUUGGUAGGGAUGUUACGUUUUGGUGUACCUGUUUUAUAUUAGCUCUUUUACCCAUUACUUUAGACAUUGUUUAUCAAACGUUUAAAAGAACAUUUUGGCCAAGUGAUGUUGAUAUCUUUGCAGAACUUGAAAAGAAGGAUGAAGUCCGGAAAAAGUUAGAAUUAGGUGCUUUUAAUGAAAUGAGACAAGGUUGGACAUGGCCCCAUGAUCCAAAUGCUCUUCAAAGGUAUAAGGAUAAAAUAACCCAUAAGGAGAGCUUGGAGGUAGGUAAUACGGGUGAUGAUGUCGGUAUAUCGGCUUCUCGAGAUAAUAUAUUUGAUGUUGACUUUGCGGUGUUUGAUGAUACCAACCCAUCAACAUCUGGGUCAUUGGAAACUAAUGAUAAACUUUCAACUACAUACUCACAGGAGGAGUAUGAAAUUUUGCCCAGUGGAAAAAUGAUUAAAAGGCAUUUGAAUAUGGAUACUGAAUUUAUUCCAGAUAAUCAUGGCGGUGUGUAUGGUGAUAAAAUAAAAGAUAAAAUUUCAAAAAAACUAGGUUUUAAAAUAAGUAAAGAAACUGAUGAAGAAAUUGAACAUAUAGUCCAAGAAAGAAUGAAGGAUUUAGAAUCAUAG